AUGGCCGGUUAUUUCAUCCAAAGUGAGAUAAUCAGUAGUUCGUUUUUUACAAGUUUUGAAAGCGAGGAAUACUCCGACUCUGAUUAUCAAGUAACGGACACCAAUUGUACAACUCCCAAAUCUUUAGAUGAGGAUUCUGACACCAUUUCCGACAACACCUCAUCUGCCGUCGAGCAAUCAGGCACCACGGACGACACAUUCACUUCUAACUGCCCGAUCUGCUUACAAAACUUUCAAGAUCGGAGUUAUUUGAAUUCCUGUUUUCACUCUUUCUGUGUUUCAUGUAUUCGCCAAUGGUUAAAUGUAACCCCCACCUGUCCUUUAUGCAAAAGUAAAGUAGGGUUUAUUAUUCACAAUGUUGACGAGGCUAAGGGAACGUUUUUGAAAGAUUAUAUAGUUGGCAAUACAGAGGAAAAUGAAAUGUACAUAAAAAAAUCAAAGCUUAGAAAGUGGAUCAUGGAGGUUUCAAAUAAUGCAAAAUUAGACUCUAAGAAACAUUCAAGCCAAUCAUCCAUGUCACUAAAGACAGCGAAAGAAAGAGUCAAGAUAUAUAGUGACAAUCUCCUGGCAAAGAAUAUACCGCAACGUCUGAAGCCUUUUGUGCAUUUUCAUAACAAAGAUUACGACCGAUUACGGCCAUUUCUUUCACGCGAUCUUAAUGCCAUCCUAAACGACUCUUAUGAUCAAGUGAUAGAAGAAUACGUACAAUCGAUAGUAGUGUCAUAUUACCAAAAAUAUAAAUCCCGGGAAGUAAUUAUAGAAAAGCUAAAACCUUGGUUGGGAGAAUUAACGGAGAAAUUCUUGGAAGAAAUGUUUAAAUUUGUCGAAAGUGGUCUUAAUAUAGAAACGUGGGAUCAAUUGGUGAGUUAUGAUUGUGAUGAAGAUUUAGAGUUGGUUUGCGAGUUAUGA